AUUCCGCUAACCGCCGCCGCUGCCCACUCACCCAUCCCCCUCGCCGUCCGCAACAACAUCUACUCGGCCCUGAUGAGCGGCCACGGCAUCGCCAGCAUCCAGGCCACCCUGACUCAUGAACUGCAGUCCUCUGGCUGGAUAUCCGACUUGCGAAGCUACAUCACCUACCUGCUGCGAUCCGGGGAAUGCACAACCGUCAGUGAAGUCAUGGAAAGGGUCAUGGCAGAGUGCAAGCUACGGCCUGCACUAGAAAUGAGCAACGGGCUGUCGAAUGGCGUCAAUGGCGCCAACGGUCACAAAGAGACUGACGAUAUCAAUCUGAGACUACCGGAGCGGGCUGUCAGAGAAGGCGUCAGGGUUGUGAGAAGGGAGCUGGACAAGGUCUGCGAUAUUACGGUUGAG